AUGGAGAGUGGAGAGACUGAGACCAUGGAGGAAGCCGUCGAUGUGGAGCCUUGUGAUGCCUUCACCGAUGUGGGGGCUCUCAUCCUGGAGGGCAGGUUGAGGGCUCCGAGUCUCAAGGGUUACAAGGAGGGACCUCACGCUCCGCCUGUCUCAGGUUUCUCGAAGCAUGAAUGUUCUCCUUCGUCUUUUCUCUGCAAGAGAGAUGAAGCUUGCAAGAAGUACAUGCUUCUCCUGUGGAAAAGCAAUGUGCCAAUGUGCAUAGAGGUUUUUCUCGGUCCAUCUUGUGCUCACGGCACCCAGAAGUCCCAGUCUUUGGAUCCAUCGGUCAUCCCUGAACCCAAUUAUGUCCUAUUGGAGCAGUGGAGGAUUCGCCUCAUUCCCCUCAGGUAUCGAGACCUGUUGCGACCUGUUGCCCUGUCGCGAAAGGAAACAAAGAAUCCACAGAUUGAAACUGUUUCAAGGAGCAGCAUGGGUAGCCUCAGGUGCGGCAAGAUGUCGACGGAGCCUGCUUCAAGCACUGAGAUCAUAUCUACACUUCUCACAGCUGACAGCUUGAUAUCUGUGAUGUUCAGACACCGAACAGAGAGCAUACCUCUGGUGCCUUGCCUCCACACCGAAUGCAUCUCGUUGACUGGCCACAAAAAUGAAUUGCCAUCCUUUGCCAAGCCACCUGAUCUCUGUAAUCCACCAAUGUCAUCUCUGCUUCCAUCCCGACGCCUCUGCGUGGAGCAGGACAGGUCGGAGGAGGACUUGCGUCGGUGCGUGAUGAGGCUCAAGGCCGGUAUGCCAUUAGACGAAGGACACAAAAGCAGUUCUGAGGAUUCUUUGCUGGGAGAAAGCCUUCUCGACCCCCCAGGGAGUUUGGGGAAGUAUCCGAGACGGUAUCAAAGCCCUUCUCGGUGUGUCUCGCCUUCCUUAGAGGCCCCAGAGCACCUUCUCACUCGAGAAGUGAAGGUAAGACACUCAUGGCGAGGAUGGAAUUCUCAAGGUGGAGAGGAACGAGGAAGGCGCUCGAUGAGAGAGUCUUUCUCUGAGAGAAAAUCCCAACACCACCACCGCUCUCCCCCACCUCCACCUCGUAGGGAGGCAUUCCAUCGGGCUAGAGGAUGUGGGGGCAAUCCAGGGAAGCAUCCUUGCACAUGCAUCAAGGACAAGGAUGUUGAUGCCAUCAGAAACAUCGAGGUUGAGGAAUAUGCUCAUCCAGAGCUUGAGAAUGAGGAAGGAGCAUGGUGUAGAGAACGUACUUCACCUCACGGUGGGGCACGGCCAAAGCAGAAAUCUCAGAAGAAUGAAAAGCAGGAUCUUCUCUCCUUCCUAACACAACCAUUCUCAGGGUCUGACCCACAGGUGCAUCCACCCAGCCAGACAUAUGUUGUGGCCCAUUGUGAAGAGGAACUAGAACCUGAAUCCAGGAGUCUUCUGAAUGAAUGGGAAGACCACCAAGGUACAUCAGACACUGGAAAGGGUGCAAGACGCAAGAUGCCGAUGGCACGCCUGGUGCGCGAGAGGACGCCUCUGUCCAACGUCAGCACGAGUCAACCGGUGACAAACGCUCUGAUGCGAAUGGAAAGCUGCAUCUUAGUGUCUCCCUCGAUGAAACGAGGUCCAUGUGAUGAAUCCAAUGAUGAUCUGUGUAAUGGAUCGAACAUUGAUCGGUGUGAGACUGCCGAGUCGUCCACUGCCCAAGAGAGUCUUUCAGCCCGACGUGCCUUGGAUUUUGAUCGGAACGAAUCCAUGUCCGAAGUUCAGAGUCUUGAGCUUGAGAGGGCCUAUCUUCAGCGCAAGCUCUGCUUGAAGCGGAAGGAUUCUGUACAAAUUGAGGGAUCAAGGACAGUGCCCUCAGCCACUGCAAAGGCAUUGUUUCGUCGCUCCCUUGACAGUGCAGCUUCUCUGGUGUUCCAUCAUCGCUCAGGCUUACCACUGACUUCUUCUCCUGCUCCUCAUCGGAGGGGAAAGGCUUUUGACUUUGACAGCUCCCUCAACUCUGUUCAUGCCAUCAAGAAUGCUCUGUUUGAUUCUGAUCAAGAGGAGGAAGAAGAGAUCUGUGAAGAACAAGAGCCAGUAAAGCAGAAUCCUAGCCUCACAGCUCCCACCUUGGUCACUUCCAGCAAUCUCCUUGGGAAUUUUGAAGAGUCUGUUCUAAACGGACGCCUGGAACCAGUUUCCACAGUUGAAGGCUUCACUGCCGAGAUUGGGGCCAGUGGCUCCUUCUGUCCAAAGCACAUCACUCUCCCUGUCACUGUGUUCUUCUACACCCUGUGUGACAACGACAUGAUCUCGUCUCCGUACCUGUGCCACAUAAACUUGGGGGAAAAGGGAUACCGGGUCCCACGUCAGGGGACGAUCCAGGUCACCCUCUUCAACCCUCACAGGACUGUCGUGAAGAUGUUUGUCAUUGUUUACAAUCUGGAGGACAUGCCACCAUCUGCCAAGACCUUUCUUCGCCAGCGUACCCUUUACAUGCCAGUCGCUUCAUCUGACCAACAUCACGACUCACAGAAGUGGCUUCGCUACCUCAUUCAUCUCAGGUUGAACAGCAGCAAAUCAGGGCACAUCUACCUCCACACGGACAUCCGUAUGAUCGUCUUUCGCAAGUCGGACGUGGAUGCAGCCAUGCUGCACAGCGAGGAGGGACCAUACGAGCUGCGCUCCUUCACGCGAGGACCUGACAAUCCCAGAUUCUCUCCCAGGAAAUGACAUCCGUGGCAUUCAGUCGCCAAGAGAAAGGCAUUGGGCAUUGAGGGAAGUGGAAAAAGGAUAUGAUGUUGUAUUUUUUUGUCGGUGUUUGAGAAAUUAAGGUGCUCGAUCCAGAUUUCCUGUAUUCUUUAGGAAUCAGUUCCCAUGCACAGUAAGUCACGUUCAUGCAUCGUGUUCGUGUUUGCGAUGGUGUUGGCAUGAAAUUGCAUUGGGCAGGGGUCCCAUUGUGAGGCGAGCAAGCACAGGCUUAACAUCUACUGUAUGUGCUGGCUGUGAUAUUGAGAUUUCAUUUUGGUCAAGUGAACAUAGAAUUUAUGCAGUUAGGCGCUCUUCUGGGCCGCGGGCCGAACGGGUUUCGUCAUCCCGUGACCAUCUGCCGGGUCCCACUGUACAUCGGUUUGAGUUUUGUGUAUCUGUUAUAUGCUGGGCUUUCGAUACCAUCUUACUGCAUUGAUUUUGUGGGAAUCGAAGGGGAUUUUAGAGGGGGGAAAACUGGCUUUCUUGCACUUUUGUUAGUGGAGAAAAAAAAAAAGAGUUCAGAUCUGUGAUGAUAUCCAGGAGGGUGAUGCAAAGAAAGAUGUCUGUAUUUGAUAUGUGCAUAGAGAGUAGUAGAGUAAAGAAGGAACUAUGAAAGGGAUUUGGUGUCCCGAGCGUGAAGACAUCCUAGUCACGUUGCUCUGGAUUCCUUUUUGUGCAGGAAGGAAUCUGUAUAGAGGGCAACAGAAGGAAGAAAAGGGUGGUUUUUUUGUUUUUACUGGAUUUCAUCCAGCUGGUCCUGAUGUAUGGCCAAUAAAAAAGUGCUGCAUGAACA